AUGCUGAAGGGGGAAGGUGGUCCAAAGGUCAUAAUAUUGAUGCAGCGCUCAGCACUCCCAGCCUCGGCAGCUCUGCAGGUGAUGCACCCAGAGUUGUAUUGGGCUUCGGUCAUCACACAGAUGAAACUUGCUCGAUGGGCUAUGGAAAAUGACCUCAAUGGCAUGUAUAUUCAUCUGCAACUUUGGGCCUCGGUGUUCAACUGUGCAGCUGUCAUGUGUAACAGGCAAUGCCCUCUUCACCAAGAUCCAAGAUCUACUCCAGAAGGGUUCGACAUUAUGACCAGUGUCAGCCAUUAUUGCGAUGGCCUCGUGACGCUGUCCAACCUCAGCAUUCAGUUGUGA